UUCCGGGUCGGCAUUUUUCCUACCUAAAUUCCAUUCGGGUUCCCUUCAGUGCAUUUAUUUGUGUUUUCGUAACUUAAGGACGCGAGUUUUCUCCGUCACUUGUGCAUAAUUCUUUAACUGUUCUUUGCUCCUUCCCUGGCAGGGCACCCACGCCGGCUCACGAGUUCUCCAAAGCCGGAAAACUGCUGCAUUCAAAGUCGAAUUCCCCGCCGUCCGAUUGUCGGCCAUUGCACGCACACCAACACGGCGCCCAGCUAGCCGUGCACCGACGCUCGCGCGCAACCGACCCGAAGUAGGAACACGUGUGUGGUGAAAAGAUGUCGCUGCUUGCGACGGUGGCGACCGCUGGCAGGCUGUGCCGGCAUCGGCUCACGACGACGAUUGCGGCAGCGGCGACGAGCAGUAGCGGCGCCGCCAUUAAACCGAUUCCGUCGAUCAUUUCAAUUGCGAGUUCGAGUCAGUGCACGCUUGGAUUUUUCUCAACUUUCCGGGAGUUUGCCACUAAAUCAGCAAAGAAAAUGGGUCUACCUACCGUUUACUUCGAUAUGGCUGCCGAUGGCCAGACAAUUGGCCGCAUCGUGAUGGAAUUGCGGUCCGAUGUCGUGCCAAAAACGGCUGAGAAUUUCCGUGCCUUGUGCACCGGCGAAAAGGGAUACGGCUACAAAGGAUCCACUUUCCACCGUGUCAUCCCCAAUUUCAUGUGCCAAGGUGGUGAUUUCACCAAUCACAACGGCACUGGUGGAAAAUCCAUCUAUGGAUCGAAAUUCGAGGAUGAGAACUUCACCUUGAAGCAUACCGGACCCGGUACUCUUUCAAUGGCCAACGCCGGUCCUAACACCAACGGCUCGCAAUUCUUCGUUACCACCGUGAAAACAUCGUGGUUGGACAAUCGUCAUGUUGUCUUUGGUACCGUCGUGGAGGGUAUGGAUGUCGUUAAGAAGAUUGAAUCCUACGGCAGCCAAUCGGGUAAAACAACUAAGAAAAUUACCGUGGCCGAUUGCGGACAACUUUAAAUGCGGAGAUAGGGAAAGAGAGAAAGAGAGGGUGAGAGAGAGAGAAAUAAUGUUGCUUCUACUGUAAACUUGAAAAAAUUCGCUGAGAAAGAGAGGCGGGUGCGAUAAGAAUUUAUCUAUUCCUCCGAAAAGAUAGUGGUGUAUCUCACAACUCUCUCUUUUUCCAUUAUCGUCUGAUGUGUGGAUGAGUUUUGUAAUUCCCUAUUUAAUUUUAAUGUUCCAAUAAAUCAAACUAAAUAACAAUUCGGAAUUAUUUUUGAGAAUUCGAACAAGGAAUAGUGUAAAACCCUCUGGAUCUUACUCUGCCCGGAUGCAUUUGGUGGUAACCCUUAGAAAUAUGAAUAAAUUCAGAAAAACAAUAAGAAGUUAAAACGCUUGAAAAGUUGUAUCGAAACGUUCCAAAAGGUAAAUAAUUUUUGGGUAGGCUUAGAUAAAUAGAAAUAUUCUGGCGAAAGAUAAAUCACGCAUAGUUUCAGUUUUUUCCGAAGCUGAAAACAAUCUUUUGUGGAUUUGGCCAAAACUAGAUGGAAUUUUUGUACUUUUUUACAUUUAUUUUUACAAUUUGCUUUCACUACUGCUUGGACUUCCGAGAAAAGCAGUGAAGGACUUUGUACCAGGUUUCCGUUUUGUUCCUUCCACUAUUCUCACUCUAAACAAUAUUUUAUUUACACCGUCAAGGUAUGCAUUUUCAAGCUGGUCUUUCUACUUUAAACAAACCACAAUCAUUUUAUAUUAACAAAUAAGUUUCUCACAUUUAAUAUUUGUUCAUGUGUAUGGCGAAGCACAUUUGUCUCUUUCCAAGCAAAUAAAGAAAAGGAACUAAAAAACUAUUGUAUAAUUAUUUGAAUAAUUUGUUGCAUUUUCUAGAGAAGCUAGUUUGAUAAGGAUUUUCGUAAUUGAAAGUAACUGUACUAUUGUAAUAAUUGUAUUCAUGCUUAAUCUUGAUACGGACAAACAAUUUUAAAAGAAAAGAAAUCAAAUAGAUGAAAAGGAUAUAGCGAAGAAUCGGGAAAUCGAUGAGAAAAUGUGUAUUCGACACCUUUGCAAACCAUUAUAUUCAAUUAUUCGACUAGAACAAGUAUAGAAAUGAAUCUUCACCUUUAAAGAAAUUGUACUCUGUCGCAGAUUUUCUCGAUAAUAGCAAAAGACAGUAAUAAACAUCAGCAAAGUAACAGCAACAUCAGUUAAAGAAGAGAAAGAAAAUUGUAACGGAAAAUACAUUUAUGGAAUAAUAAAUGAAUAAAAAAGGAGAUUGAUUGA